GCCUUCCUCCUCCUCUAGCAGACCGUUCAAAGCUCUCAGUAACAGAUCAGUGGUGGGGGAGGCUGAGUGCGGCACCCGGGGAUCUGGCAUCACCGGCAAUCUGUGUCCCCCCGGCCCCCCAAGGAGGAUGACACCCCGGCACACACACUGACCAUAGGGGACAGAGCAGUGGGCGAUGGGAUGGAGCAGGACCAGCAUGAAGCUCGCCUCAAGGAACUCUUUGACAGCUUUGACACCACUGGAACGGGGUCUCUGGGACAGGAAGAGCUGACAGACCUCUGUCAUAUGCUCCAGUUGGAGGAAGUGGGCCCCUCUCUGCAGCAAGCUCUACUCCAGGAUAACCCACAUGGCAGAGUUCACUUUGACCAGUUUAAAGAAGCCCUUAUAGAUGUCCUUUCCAGCACACUGUCCAAUAAAGAGAACUGCCCAGAACCAGAUUGCUCCUCGGAAGCCCAGCCAAAGUACAUCAAGGAUGGCAAGAGGUACGGCAGACGGUCUAUGCCCGAGCUGCAGGACUCCUUGGAAGAGUUUGAUGAGGAGACGGUAAUAGAGCCCGAAGACGAAGGGACGAGGUCCUCGCAGGUCAGCUCCAGAAACUGUGAAGAGAUUUGGAAGAACGAAGGAGAAGAAUAUGAAGCGGAAGGUCAGUUACGGUUUUGGAACCCAGAUGACCUCAAUGCUUCCCAGACCACAUUUUCUCCUGACCAGGACUGGGUAGAAGAGAAGCUUCAGCUGAUCUGCGAGGAUCUUGGCAUUACUAGAGAUGGGCACCUGCACAGGAAGAAACUUCUGUCCAUCUGUGAGCAGUAUGGAUUUCAAAAUCUGGACAAAGAGGCACUGGAAGAUGCGGUGCAGAAUGUUGACAAUGAUGAAACCAUGAGCCUUCAGGAUUUUUUCUAUGAAGUGUGCAAGAAUACCAAACCACCAACUCCAUCUUCCUCCACCCCUUAUCGACAGUUGAAGAGGCACUUCUCCCUACAGCCAUAUGAUGAAAGCGGAAGACGAACAGUGACUCCAUCUGCCAUGUCUGGGACAAUUGGCCUUCGACUGUUCUCCAAGUUUGAUGAUGGUACAGGUUAUGGCUGCGUGGAGGACAUCAUAGACAUGUGGAAUGAAGAAGGACUUGACAACAGUCAGGCCAUCCUCAAGGCUCUGGAUUUCGGUUUGGAAGGUAAAAUCAAUAUUGCAGAGCUGACGAUGACGCUGGAAAAUGAACUUCUGAUCACCAAAAAUGAGAUCUACCAAGCAGCCCUUGUCAGCUUCCGCUCAGAGAUCAGGCACUUACUGGAGAGGGUUGAUCAGACUGCCAGAGAAAAGGAAAAGCUCCGCCUGGAUUUGGAAAAGAAUGAGAAACAGAAGAAUCUCAUGGCUUUGGAGGUGGAUGACCAUCAUGCAGCUAUUGAGCGACGGAAUGAAUACAACCUUAGAAAACUGGAUGAGGAGUACAAAGAGAAAACGGCUGCUCUAAAAGGUGAGCUAAGGAAAGAGAGAGAGCAGAUGUUUCAGCAAGCAAAUUGUCAGCGACUAGAUCUAGAACAGGAAUUGGAGAAAGUCAAAGUGGAAGAGAAUUACCUUCGAGACCGACUGACCUUGUCUAUAAAGGAGAACACCCGCAUGGAGAAUGAGUUACUUGAGACCACAGAGAAGCUGGUGGAUUGUGAAGCCCUGACAGUCAAGCUGCAGAGAAGUUUGGACAACAUACUGAGAGAAAAGUUUGGAGACUUGGACCCGAGCUACGUCGAAUUUUUCCGCCAUGAAGAAAAAAUGUUGCAGUUACGCAAUGAGUACGAGAGGCAGCGCAGGGAGCUGCAGGAUCGUAUUGAUGAGCUGCAGCUGGAACUGGAAGAAUACCGUUCGCAAGGUGUCCGAGGUUUUCGCUCCUCCCUGAAGAAUUCUUUAUUUGAUGAAAUGGAUAACAAAAACUCAGUUGAAUGUGACCAAGGUAUUGGUUCUGAAGACUGUCCUCCUCUAAACAUGAGUAUAGAGGCAGAAAUGGCCAUUGAGCACAUGCGGGAGCAACACCAGAGGGAGGUCGAGAAAUGGACACUGGAACUGGAAAACAAAACCAUGCACUAUGAGGAAAAACUAAAAGAAAUAAACUAUUCAUUUGAGAAAGAACAGGAAGCCCUAAAGGAAAAACUUGACAUUGAGAUUCACAAAGCUGAAGAACAAAUAAAGAUCUUCAAAAUUAAGCACUUGGAGCUAGAAGCGGACAUUCAAAACCUUAAAGAAGAGCAAAAGGAGGCAGAAUUUAUGCACCAGGAUCAGGUUAGUAGAAUGGAGGCAGAGUUUACCUUCCAAAAGCAGCAGUUGAUGGAGAAAGAAGAAACCCUUCAUCGGCAACUAGAAGAGGCCAGAGAGAUGUAUCAUAAGGAGAAAGAGGAGCUGGUAGAAAUCGCAGAGGACAUUGAAAAGAAGGCAGAAGCUCGGCUGGCCGAGUUGAGAACAACCUAUGAAGACAAGAAAGAUCAAUUGGAGAAAAGUUUUCAGGAGCAAAUGUCAAGUUUUCAGGAAAGACAUCGGCUAGAAACCCAGGAACUCAGAAGGCAGCUGUUGGGGCAACACCAGCAAGAAGCUGAGGUGCAAAGGAAAGAAAUGGAAACCGAAUUCAACCAAAGAAGUUUGGAAAUAAAAUCUCAGUUUGCACAGGAUUUAGAAUUGGCAGAAAAAAAAUACAAAGAAGACCUGAUGAGUCUUGAAAGACAGUUCCAAAAUGAUCUUCAAGAUCUGCUUGACCAACAAGCAGAAGAGCGGGCCCAGUGGGCAUUUGAAAAGGAAGAACUCCUUCAGGAGCAUAUAGACACACAAGAGAGAUUAAUGGAAAAACUUGAACAAGAGAAGCUAACUUGUUCUGUGCUUUCACAAGGAAAAGAUGCCUUGGAAAAAUCCCACCAAGAACUGGUCAACAAUCUAAAUUCUGAAAAGGAACACAUGGCAAGAGAGUUGGAUAACCUGAGAGUGAGAUCAAAACAAGUAGAAGAUGGUCUUACCAAGAAGGUCCAUCAGCUAGAAAGUGACCUACAGGAGGAAUUAACUGAAAGAGAUGAACAAGUGUGUCGGGCUCAGAAAGAAGUUCUUCUUCUUCAAAAGAUGAUUGCAGAACUGGAAAAUCAACAUAAAUCUGAAAAAGAAAAACUUGACACUAGACUAGCAAUGUCAGAUGCACUCCAUAAAGAAGUUUGUGAGAGGGAAGAGAAGAAGCAAUUAGAAUUGCUUGAAGAAAUUAGUAGGCUUCAAAAAAACAUAAGUAAUUUAAAGGCAGAGAUUAAGUCUUUUUCCGUAACUGAUGGAGAAUAUGAGUUGUUGAGGAAGGAGAAUUCAAGACUAAAAAAUGAAGUUUCACAUCUUCAAAAUAAUCUGGUUCUCCUAGAGGACCAAAAGCUUAGUCUUGAAAAAAUACAUGAUAUUCAAGAGCAGACUGUUGGAGAGAGAGAUGAACUACUGUCCAAACUUUCAGACCUUCAAAGGAAGUUGGAUUUGGUUGAAAAGGACCUAAUCCAAGCAAGAGAAAAGGGUGACUCGGAGAGUAAAUUAGAAUUUACACAAGCGGUGAAGUCCCUGGAAAUUAAAUUAUUGGACAAAGAUGAACAGUUAUGUCAAGCCACCAAAGAUUUUCAAGAAACACUAGAAAAACUCCAGAAGCAAUUUGAACUUGAAAAAGAUGAACUGUGUUCCAAAUUGUCAACUGCAGAAGGACUUUAUAAGGAGGUAUGUAAGAGGACAGAAGAAAAGAGAUCAGAGAUGAUGGAAGAAAUAACUAGGCUUCAAAAUAGCAUCAAUGAAUUAAAGGAUGAGACUGCCUCUUUCUCCAAGAUUCAGGCAGAAUUCAAGUUUAUGGAAAAAGAAAAUUCAGAAUUAAAAAAUGCUUUGUCACAGCUUCAAAAUUCAUUAGCUAGUCUUGAUGAGGAAAGGCAUGCUUACAGAAACCUGAAAAACGUGCACGAACAGAUGGCAAAAGAAAAUAUUGAGUUACAGUCUGAGAUCAGUAGACUUAAGAAGCUAAACUUGACCAAAAAGGAGACUGACAAAGUUCAAGAGGCUGAAAAGUCUUUAGCAAAAAAAUCGAAAGAUGGUAGUGAACUGUGCCAUACCAAGAAGUCUAUUCAGCCUCUAGAAACAACAAUAGAAAAUAUGAAAAAAGACCAUACGGCUGAGAAACAGAUCCUUCAAGCCAAACUUUCAAAAUCAGAGCAACGCUAUAAAGGACUGUAUGAGAGUACAAAUGCAAAAAGACAAGAAAUGCUUUUAGAAAUAGAUGGUCUUAAAAGCACAAUUGAUCAACUGCAAAACGAGAUUGGUACUUUAUCUAAAACACAGCAAGAGUAUUUGUUGGUGAUCAAAGAAACUGAAGACUUGAAAAAGGAAGUAUCUGAAAUACAAGGAAACAUGGUUGAAGAAGAGGCAAGCAGUGCUCUUAAGAAUCUACAGCAAGUGCACGAGAAGACAAUCCAAGAGAACGUCGCGUUAUUAUCAGAGCUCUCAAAACUUAGGAGAUUUGAGACUGGUAAAGUGAUGGAGGAAGAUGAGCCAGCUUCAGAAUUGCUGCACAAUUUACAUGAGAAAACGGAGCAAGUGUUCCAGGCAGAGAAAAAUUUUCAUCUUCUACGUGAAGCCUUGCAAACUGUAGAGCAAGACCGUAUUGUUGAGAGAGAAUGUUUUAAGUUAAAACAGUUACAAUCUGAAGAGCUUUACAAAGUUGUUUGCAGUGAGGCAAAAAAGGGGAAAGAAGAAAUAUUAAGGCUUAAAGGUACAAUGGAGGAACUGGAAGACAAAGUUGCCUCUUUCUUGAAAAUUCAGCAUGAACAUCAGUUGCUACAGAAAGAAAAUUAUGAGCUAAAGCAUAGGGUUUCGGAGUUAAACGCAUCAGUAAUUGUUGACGAAGGAGGAGUUUUCAGGAACCUUCAAACUGCUCAUGAGCAAACUGUUAAAGAAAAUGUUAGAUUGUUAACUGAAGUUUCUAGGCUUCACAAGAAGCUUGGUUUACUGGAGAGCAAGACAGAGGAAGGAAAGGUCACAGAUCAACUGGAUAAGACAAAGAUUGAUGAUGAUGACCUGACUGCAAACCUACAGCCUGUUGAAAAUGUAGAGUUUAAAAUGGCCGAUGUUGCUAUUGGCGAGUACAAGAAAACCUUAGACAACAUUAACAUGAAACUUCAAAAGAAAACAAAAGAACUUGAAGAUACUACAAAAGUGUUAUGUCAGCUUGAAAAAGGCUAUAAGGAUGUGAAGACCGAGAAUGACCUUCUAAAAACACAGGUGGUAUCAAUCCAAGAUAAGAUAAAUAAUUUAACUUUAGAAUAUGACCAGGUAAAAAAGGCCAUCAGCUUGGAGGAAAUUGUAUUGCCAGAACUGGAAGAUGCUCCGCUUUCCAUCCCUGGUCUAAAACUAUUGCUAGUGGUUGCCAAGAAAGAAAAUAUGCUCCUUCAAGAAAACUUGAAAACCAUGGAGCUUAGAAACUUAGAAGCCAUAGAAAACAACAGAUCUCUCUUGUCAGAAGUUUCUUGGCUGCAGAAAGAGAUUCAGAACAUAGAGGAGAUAACUGAAGCUUCCUUGAAACUUGAGAGCCUAUAUGAUGCAACAAAGAAGGAUAAUGAAGAACUGGAAUCCCUAGUUCAUAUUAUGCAGGAGAAAAUACAUAUGUUUGAAAGGAAGCCAAUCACAAAGUUGCUUUUAAGGAAUAAGGGGAUUCAAACGGACCGACAGGCCGAAAGAAGGGAGCAAAACCUCAAAGAUCAAGAACAUUCCCAACAAAAUAACUUCUCAAAACCUUUACCUCAAAAAGAAAUGCUAGACAAUGUCCCUAUUUGUGCAAAUGGCGUGGCUUAUGAUAACCAUCCAGAAAAGCCUUUAGGAUUGCUUGUACAGAAGAAAGAAGAUUUAGAGAAACUAGAAAGCUGUUCACAGAAGAUGAUCAAUCAGGUGACAACUGGAGAAGAUUGUCUGAAGGUGAAGACUGAGAGAAAUGUGGAGAGCAAGAUGAAUGACGAUCAAAAGAUGAUGGAAUAUUUGAGAGCUGAGAAUAUAACUCUAAAGGAAGAAAAUGCAGAACUUGGUGAACAAGUUGUAUCUCUGAGAGAGGAAGAAGAAAGCUCUAACCAAAAAAUGUCUGAACUUCUCAAUGCUUGCGAGGAGAUGUGGGUGAAUCUCGAGACCAUUCAGAAUGAAAAAUUUUCUCUGGAAAAGAUGGUAACUGAAUUAAAAUCCAGGAAUGAACAGUUGGUUUUAGAAAAUCAGGAGCUGUUCUUGAAGAACUCAAAGAACCAAGAGAACCUCCAAGAUCUGAACUGCAGGCUGAUGAUGUUCCUCAAGCAGAAAGAUCGCAAGGAUUCUGUUAAAGGCCCGGAAGAAUGGCAGAAGGAAAAGUGUCAAAUGAAAGGGGAGUUUGAAGGCUACAGGGCAAAGAUUUUGGAUUCUGAGCAAGAGUUGUCACAGAUCAAAGUACGACAUCGUUUCUUGGAACAGGAGAACACUCUACUAAGGCAGGAGAUAGAGACGAAGGAGCUUGCAAAAUCCUCAGAGAUCACAGACUUGAAGAAUGAAAUUUCACUCAUGAAGAAUAAAAAUGACAAGCUGUUGAAAGAGGUGGAAACGCUGGGAGAGGAGCUUGGUAGUUGUGUGGGAAAGUCUGCAAAGGUUGGUUACCUUGAAAAUAAGAUUGCAAGCCUAAAACAAGAACACAAGACUUGGGAACAGCAGUCAAACACCCUAAGAUCGCAACUUGCAACAUCUCAGGAAAAGAUCCAGAAUCUGGAAGAGAGUUUGCAGAAUGUCCAUCUUCAGAUGUCUCGCAUCAAGUCUGAUCUUCGUGUUGCACAGCAAGAGAAAGAGUCUCUGAAACAGGAAGUGAUGUCAUUGCACAAACAACUGCAAAAUACUAAUGCCAAGAAACAGGUUUUGGAAAUGGCCAUACAAUCCUCAGGGCUACAGAACCAGCAUAAGAAGCAAUACUGGGAUGACCUGGAGCAACUGAUGGAGCAAGAACAGCAGCUUCUGAGACAGGAGAAUGAGCGACUGCAGAGGGAAGUGCAUAAUACAAAGUCUGACCUGGCACAAACCCGGGAGAAGGUGCGGCAGCUUGAAUCUACUGUAAUCUCUUUGAAACACCAAAAACAGGGGAACCAGUCCAGCCUGGUGAAAGCCUUAGAACAAGAGAAGUCCAGCUUGAGAAGAGAGUGUGACCAGCUACAGCUAGAGCUAACCUCUGCAAACAGAAAGAUUAGUCAGCUGAACUCUCUCGAAAGAGAAAUGGAAACCUUGAAAAUGGAGAAUGAAGGUUUACGGAAAAAUCAGGGGAAAUUUGAUGAUCAUCUCGUGCAAAUGCUGCACUCACCGACCAGCCUGAGCCAUAGCCACUCUCAGCAGCAAGCUUGUGCCACCGUGCCACGCGAUCAGUACUUGCAGCUCCAGCAACAAUUUCAGCAGGCAGAGCGGAGUAACCAGCAGCUGCGGGCGGCUCUGGAUAACCGCAGCGCCGAUGGCAAUUCUCCACAGGGUGACCAGGAGAAGCUGCUGUGGAAAAUGGAAGCUCGUAUGAUCGAUGUAGAGCAGAAACUCAGAAUUGUAAAGAUGCUUCUUCAGGAAAAAGUAAAUCAGCUAAAGGAACAGGUCACCAGGAACUCUAUGGCAGAAAUCAAGAUUAAAGACCUGUACGUUGAAAACUCACAGCUGCUCAAAGCUUUGGAGCUUUGUGAGCAAAAACAGCAAACCGCAAACAAAAAGAACUACUUACUGGAAGAGAAAAUCUCUGGACUGAGCAAGAUGGUGAGGGACUUAACCCCGAACAGCCAAGGGGCCGGACGUUCCCACCAGCGCAUAGCCUAGGGGGACCUAAUGGUUUAGGCAUUGCUAUACUCAUUCAUGGACGCUAUAACUGCCUUAUAACUUCUCAACAAGAACUAUGCACUACAGUCGGAUUUUAGGUCCCACUCUAUUGAAAACCACAGCUCGACAUCAACCUGCCAGGUCAGCCUGAGAAGAAGAUAUAUUCUCAAAAAAUAUUUGCUCGCAAAACCUUUUUGUUACUGAGACUUAAACAAGUACACUUUAACUGCUGCAGAACUGCAAUGUAACCCAAAUAUCACUGCCAUAUUUAUUGGUCAUUUUGUUUUAGAUUCUGGGGUAAGAAUAUUUCCACAUCAAUGGAAACCUUUUUGCCUAUGAAUGAACUAUUUUUUUUCCCUCUGGAUAUGGUUAUGUGAUGUAAAUACAUAAAUGUAAGCACUAUAAAUAGACGUUUGCCUCAAAGCACUUGCUGGACAAGUUACCCUGCCUUCUUAAAAAAAAACAAACAAAAAAACACAACUUACCUGCUGGCCUUUACAUGGCAACACAUCCACUGUGAACUCCCUUUCUGUCUAAAAUAAUGAGCUAUAAUUCAACAGAAAACUGAGACUGCAGUCAUUAAAAGGUGCUGGAGUAAGGAGGUAAGAACAGGAGCACCACUCAUAAGUGUUAAAGUCCAAAUCAUUUUUUCCAAAAUAAUUGUCUGUAUGGCCAACAUGUUUCAGGGGCUCAAUACUGCCUUUUAUUAGGGUUCGAUCUCUAAAUAGAAAAAUUAGAUAAAUUCCAAAAGGUCAAUGAACACGCGGGCAGGAGAUUAGUGUUAUAUUAAAUUUAGUAAAGAUGGCACACUUGGCGGCUAGUUGUUGUAGCCCUUGUGAUUUCCUUUACUUAAAUCAAGCCAGUUUGAGUCCCUGAAAUUAAUUUGUUAAACAAAAGAUCCCAAUUGAACUGUAUGGUACUACUGUUCUUACCUCUUCCUUCCGUUCCAGUUUGAAGUGGCUCUGGGAUCCCUUAUGUUUUGUUUAGAGCAGUCACUUCACACGCCAUUUCCAGACUGGCGGAAGAUCAUUUAUGCCAUCCACUCUAAAUAUAAGCUGCCGUGACAUUACAGCUUGGCCAGCAAGUGCUCUGUAGCAUAUCUGCCAAGCGAACAGCCAAUCCAGUUUCUCCUUUGCAAAUUGCCUCCUUCUUAACCCAGAAAGGUGAUGUACAUACAAACUGUCUAGCUUAUUUUUGAUCAGACUCACAAAGCAAGGAUCAGAAUGACAGACCCGAUGCCCGUACCUUUGAAAAUUAUUCCGCAGGGGCGGAUUGCCCUUUUCUGUUCCCACAUGCUCCUCUUUUGGACCAAUAUGAAUUUUGGGACCCUUUAUUCAGCUUCAAUGGAGUGGCAUUGUUGACAAGAAUCAAGUUGCAUCUCAAGAGCCAGACAAUGCCAGCCUCCAUCGAAGGCUUCUUUUUUUCUUUGUUCAUGACAGAUUAAUUUGCAAAUCUCAGAGGAGCUAAAACUGCAACUGUGACAGAAAUCAAAGUUCUCUUAUUUGAACUCCUCCGUGAUCUUACAUUGUAAGUAGAGCUCUAUAGAGCACUGCCUUCCGUACAUAUGUAUUAAAAAAUGUCUAUUUAUUUGUCACUGGCACUGCCUUUUACAUGAAGGAAAACUGAAGUUGUGAAACAUUUCUGUAAUUAAAAACAUUGCAAAGGUUA